AUGAAAUCAGAGGGAGUGGCCGCAUGGCGAUGCCCGCAAUACCGUGGCAACAAAGAUGAAAGGCACCCACAGCCGCCACAAAAUGAUUAUGUGACUUUCGAAACUGCCAAUGUGGAUGCAAGUGCAUUUCAGCCACCAUAUGUGAAGCAAGAACGCAGCAACGAAUCUCAGCGGGUGAGCUUGGGACAUGAACAGCCACCAUAUGUCAAGCAAGAACCCGGCAACGAAUCUCAGCGGGUGGGCUUGGGACAUGAACAGCCACCAUAUGUGAAGCAAGAACCCGGCAACGAAUCUCAGCGGGUGGGCUUGGGACAUGAACAGCCACCUGGUCAUCAGCCAUCGAAUGUUGUACGUCCCUCUCUAUGGCUGUCCGAAGGUCUAUCUGUGGAGGAUCCCAAGAUGUUUCUGCAGCCCGGGACCAGGCCAAUCUCGCAAGAACAACUAGUCAAUGAGGUCAAAGGCAUAUAUGCCGGCCUCGUCAUGGUCGAGAAGAAAUGCGUCGAAAUAUGCCAACAACAGUCUCAAACGACAACUAAGCUUUCCAACGAACAGUGGCAGGCACUGAUAGCACUGCACCGGACACUCUUACAUGCGCAUCACGAUUUCUUCUUGGCUUGUCAACAUCCCACGGCGUCUCCUGCACUCCGGAGUCUCCUAACAAAGUAUACUAUGCCUGCUCGAUUGUGGAGACAUGGUAUUCAUUCUUUCCUUGAGUUGCUACGUCAUCGUUUACCUCACUCGCAUGAACAUAUACUCAGCUUUGUGUACCUUGCGUAUCAAAUAAUAGGCCUGCUGAUGGAGUCAGUACCGACUUUUCAUGAGACAUGGAUCGAAUGCUUAGGAGAUCUCGCUCGCUAUCGAAUGGCAAUCGAAGAAGCCGAUAUACGAGACCGUGAGAACUGGUCCAACGUCGCCCGCAUGUGGUAUAAUCGUGCUGCGGACCGCUCGCCGACCACAGGGAGAAUACAGCAUCAUUUAGCGGUUCUAGCGCGGCCCAACAUCGUCCGUCAAUUGUUUUACUAUACCAAGGCUCUCAUCAGUGGCGUCCCUUUCGUGAAUGCUCGGGACUCCAUCAUGCUUUUGUUUACUCCAUUCCUGAAAAAGUUCGAGGUAACCAGUCAAAAAUACCCAAAGAUGGAAACCUCCUUGGUCACGGCAGCAGGCCUUCUCUUUACGCGUGGCUCCAUCCAUGACUACUGCGGACACAUUACCCACUUUGUAUCCGAACUCGAUGGCACCAUUAACAGGACGGGGUCCAACUUCAAAGUCCAAGGAGCAGAGGUGGCAUCAUCUCUCAUUGCCAUGGUCCUGGAUUUUGGAUGCGAGGAAAACUUUCUGUGGAAAGCCUUAUGCGCAAGUUCCGAACGGAUGAAGCAACGUCCCACCGAAGGACAACCGGACUUACCCACGGACACCCCAGAGGUUGAGGAUCCCAUGGUCAAAGUCAGGAUUCAGCAGAAGUUCUGGGAAGACAAUGGCCCUACCAAUCCACAGGAUUUCACUCAGGCUGCUCCACCAACCGGCGAUCGACUCGGG